GCACCCCCUUCACGCAAGGUCGCUCCGUACGCCUGCGCAUUGAACACGGAAGACCGCAUGCAAGCCUAGGCGCAUGCGCAUUCCCUCUUUCUUAGCCUUUCUAAAUCGUCCUGUUUGCUUUUCUCCUAGUGUGUAAUUGUUCCUUCCCUCUCCCUCUGUGGUCACCUUAUGGGACUCUCGACUCUUUUCUUCCACACUCCUUUCUCAUAAGGAGAGGAACUCGAGGGGAGCGACCUUCCCUCCCUCUUCUUUCUCUUCUGGCCCCAAACCAGAAGCAAGAGCUGUCAGGUAGGGUUCGGCCUCGGUGCAGUAGGUUAACAUCUACGUGAUGAUUUGAGAAGUUUAGGAUGGUGUGUCCCCUCUGAUUAAUAGCUUUUGUAGACCGAAUGUGAUGCCUGAAACUGCUAAUAUUUUGCCCUUUCGGAUCAGAGAUCUCAGCUUAAAUUCAGAUUCUUACUGAAGGGACAGUACUUCGAACUACUCUUAUCUCUAAGCACUUUGUGAGAUCCGAGACCCAAAGCACAGCAUCUUUUGUUGAAGCUGAGAGAAAGAAGUCAAAAAUGGGACGGGGCAGUUCUCAAAAAAUGGUACCUGAACCCUCAGUAAUGGAAUUCGGCGUUUAAGUGGACGUCUAAAGAAAAGCAAAAACUACAUAAGAAUGGACAGUGAGGUUCAGAGAGAUGGAAGAAUUCUGGAUUUGAUUGAUGAUGCUUGGAGAGAAGAUAAGCUGCCUUAUGAAGAUGUUGCAAUACCACUGAAUGAGCUUCCUGAACCAGAACAAGACAAUGGUGGUACAACUGAAUCUGUCAAAGAACAAGAAAUGAAGUGGACUGACUUAGCUUUGCAGUAUCUACAUGAAAACAUUCCCCCAGCAGGAAAUUAAGUAUUUGUCUUUCAUGGACAAAUGAUGUUCUGGCCAAAAUGUUUUCUUAUAGAUCCCCAAGUGUGAUUCUUGUCAGCAAAGUCAUCUGAAAAUAUUUAUUCAUGAAGAGAUAACUAAUAUCGAUUACUUAAUAUUAGAGAAUUUUAACAAAUAUUUAACUCCAUGGGCCUAACUCUCUUCAGUAACUUGUCUUAAACUUAAACAUUUACCUAUAACUUUGGUUUUGAUCCUGCUAUAGGUUAAUAUAGUUUAAUUUACCUUUAUAGCUUCUUCAACAGUUGAGGUCAAAUGAGAAAGAGGAAACUGGUAACUGAGAGAACCAUGUCAAUUUACUGUACUUUGCCUUGCUUCUCUGCUUAAUGCCAUAAAAAAGGGCAGGACAAAUGGCCUUAGGUGUGAAAAACUGAUGAGUCUAUAUUGCAAACCUACAGUAGAAGAAAAGUACAAUUUUAUAGUAUUACCUCAAGAGUAAAAUUAGUUAGGUAGGGUACUGCUUCUACUUUAGACAUGUAUUCUGAGUUAGUGUGUUUAGAAUAUCAGUCAUUAAUAUGGAAAUAACUUAUUCAUGAAUGGAUGGAUUGCUUAUUUUUUUGUUUUCUUCCAUUAAAUUUAAGAUAUAUCCAUGAAAUUAUUCUAUUGUGUAGCUUUCAGACAAAAGUACUCUGUAAUUUUACAGCUAAAAAUAUUAAUAGGUUGAAGAAAUUUUUAGCAAAUUCAUGGACUAUUCACAGGAUCAUAAUAAGUUAUUGAGGUAAAGGAAGGUCAUUUAUUCUAAUCAUCUCAUCUUAACAGAUGAGAAAUCUGUAGCCCAGGGACUUGCCUAAGAUGAUAUAGUUAGUAAGCCGCAAAACUGGGAUUCUAACUCAGGACCCAUGAUUCUUAGUUCAUUGGCAGAGUGCUUUUUCCACUGUGACAUGCUGCUUCCCUAAUCCAUACCAUCAUAAAGAAAAUGUUAAGAAUGUUCAAAGAUAUCCCUAACCUUUUGAGGUUACAGAAGGCAACUUCCAGGUUCUCUCACAAAACACUCUCAUGAAUACUGAGUUAGAGAAUCCCUCAUAUUGGGUACCAGAGGUUCACUGACACAGCAAGAAAAGUAAAUAUCCACCUUAUAGAAGACAACUAUAGGGACCUCUAGGGAAGCAGAUUACAUUAAAUGAUGAAUUAUGAAUACUUCUGUCAGUGGUUUUCCCAGUCCCUGUAUGGGUCUCUUCAUGAUGAAAUCCUCACUCUGGCUCCUGGUUUCUUUUUUUCACCUCAUGCCCUGAGAUUUGAUGAUCCCAAGAAGCUCAGAAACAAGGAAAAGAUUACAUAGUAUUAAGCAAGGAAAAGAAAAAGUGAAACACUUGGGGGAAAAAAAUUCACAGAAGAGGACAGAAGGCCAAAAAGAACUGCAAAAUAGUAGGAGACCUUUGAAAGUUACAUAUUGGAUUUUUUACAAAUGUUAAAAGAGAGCUGGACAUAAAUCACAGUUUUGUACAAAGUCUAUUCAAUUGUGUAUAUAGAAAUGGUUGCUUUGUUUGCUGUUGGAUUUAAGUUAAAAUAUAUAUACUCUGCUAAAAA